CACUAAAAUGAUGUUCAAAUCUUUACACAAACUGCAAAUCUCUCUCAUUUCAUCUAUAAUUGAUUCAACCUGUAAGGUAAUUGCUUAAUUGGUUAUAAUUAAUGAAUUAAUGAUUUAGACAUUGAAAUAUGACAAGGUUGAUUUGGUCUGAUAAAUUAACUCUGCACCAAGGGCAAAGCAAUCUGACUUCUUUCAUUAUAAAUUUAAUCAAAUAACGGGUAUGAAUCUCAUAAGCUCAUUAUAAAAAAUUACUUUCCCUCCAAAAAUCCCCUUUUUCCUCCAUUGAACUAGAAAGGACAUAAAACAGUGCGGUAAACCAGAGACCCCUUUCAAUUCGUUUUCUUUAAUCUUUUCAUGGCACCUUUCAAGAACCUUGUCACUGCUUUCUUGAACAUCUCAACAACUCUCCCAUGCUCUUUCUCAACACCAAGAACCUAUCUUUUAGCCACUUUCUUUUUCCUUCUCUUCCUCUCGACUUCACUUACCAACUACUCUUCCUCCUUCACCGCCUCUGCUCUCGCUUCUCGCUUUCUCUUUGCAGCAAUGUACAUCUCUCCAUUCUCUUCAAUCAAAUCAUCGAACACAUGUCUCGUCUCGGACUUGCAUGACAACUGCACGCUCUCUUCUGUAACUGCAAUGGAAAGAACUCGCAGGAAUUCAAGAAAAGAAGAAACUGAUGUGAUUUCAGGCCUUAGUUCUUGUGAUAUCUUUAAUGGCAAGUGGGUUCCUGAUGAUUCUGAUCCCAUCUACCAACCUGGGUCUUGCCCAUUUGUCGAUGAUGCCUUUAACUGCUUCAAGAAUGGAAGGCCUGACAUGGGUUAUCUUGGAUACCGAUGGAGGCCACAUGGGUGCCGAAUUCCAAGGUUUGAUGGGAGAAAGAUGUUGGAGAUGUUGAGAGGUAAGAGGUUGGUGUUUGUAGGAGACUCAUUGAAUAGGAACAUGUGGGAAUCGUUGGUCUGUGCAUUGAGAGAAUCAUUGAAGAACAAAAGUAGAAUCUUUGAAGUUUCUGAUAGGCGAGAGUUGAGGACUCAGGGGUUCUACUCUUUCAGAUUCAUAGAUUAUAACUGCUCAAUAGAUUUUGUUAAAUCACCAUUCCUCGUUCAAGAAUGGAAAGCCUCAGACAAGACUCUAAGCCGAAAAGAAACAUUGAGGCUAGACAUGAUCCAGGGAACUUCCACCAAGUACCAUGAAGCUGAUAUAAUUAUCUUCAACACAGGUCACUGGUGGACUCACCAAAAGACUUACAGGGGGAAAGAGUACUUCCAAGAAGGGAGUCAUGUCUAUAACAGGCUGCAAGUGACUGAAGCAUAUACCAAAGCUUUGAGGACUUGGGCACAAUGGGUUGAUGCUAAUAUCGACAGUAGUCGUACUAGGGUAUUCUUCAGAGGAUACUCAGCUUCUCACUUCAGGAAAGGGCAAUGGAAUUCAGGGGGGCACUGCGAAAGCGAAAGGCAGCCAAUGACAAAUGACACUGAGCUUGCUCCAUAUCCAUGGAUGAUGAGCAUUCUUGAAUCUGUUAUAUCAGAAAUGAAGACACCAGUGUUUUAUCUCAACAUUACCAAAAUGACCGACUACAGAAAAGACGGGCAUCCUUCCAUUUACAGGCAACCUGAGAUCAGAAGAACCCAUGGGAUGAUUCAGGACUGCAGCCAUUGGUGCCUCCCUGGUGUUCCUGACUUCUGGAAUGAGCUUCUUUAUGCCACUCUCCUAUUAUCACACCAUGAUUUGUCAAUUAACCACUAGAGUCUGCAAAUGCUUGUAUACCAAAUUCUUUUUUUCUCCAUAGUUCAACCUUGGUUGAAAGUUCAUUUUCUACAAAUCCCAUUUCUUUUAGUCCCACUUAGACAAAAUUUUUCUAACACUUAAAUAAGGCCAAGUUUGAAUUUUAUUGUCAAUAUUUUUGAAUAUAAGUGUUCUUGUGUGAAUAAAUACAUUAACCAUUUUCUUUUUUUUUA